AUGCAGGCGCUAGUGGAGUUUGAGAAUGUCGAAAGCGCAAGGAAGGUUAAGCAUGCAACAAAUGGUGCUGACAUCUAUCCGGGAAGUUGUACAUUAAAGGUGGAAUUCGCAAAGCUAGAAUUUGUAAAAGUCACUCGUCAGGAUGCAGAGCAGUGGGACUACACAUGUGCCCAAGGAGAACUGCCUGGAGGUCCUCAGCCGCGAAAGCAAAGGAAAACACUUUUGCCUGCACCAGAGCCUUACGGCUAUGUACAGGCCGGAUAUCCAGGAAGUAAUAUUGAGGAAAACAGCGGUAAAGAAGGUGGUUCCCACGCAUCGAGCGGUUUAUUGGGAUCGAGCCCCUACGACAGUCAGGACUCCCUAGGACGUGGAAUAUUACGCCCUCUCCCAGCUUAUCAGUCUGGUGAUCACGGAGACUGUCAAUCUUCACUUGAUUUACCUGGUCGCGUAGUAAUGAUCUAUGGUGUCGAUCGCGAAAAGCUUAACUGCGAGAAGCUGUUCAGUUUAUUGUGUCAGUAUGGAAACGUUCUUAGGAUUCGUUUUAUGGGUAAGAAAAGGGACACUGCGAUGGCUGAACUCGGAACUCCAACAGCUGUUGCCAACGUUAUAAAAUAUCUGCAAGGAGUUACACUAUUUGGAUUGAAAUUGGAGAUGAAAACAAGCAUUCAAAAUGUCGUGAGAGAUGUUAUGGGGAGGGAUGAUCUUCCGGAUGGUUCUCCUUCGUUUCGUGAUUUUUCGAUGCUAUCUCUACAGCGCUUCUCCACUCCAGAAGUUGCUGCUCGAAAUCGGCUCACGGUUCCAACAAAAGUUUUGCACUGGUACAAUGCUCCUGCUGAUAUGACUGAAGAAAAGAUCAGACAGGCAAGUGUUUCUUCGCGCAAUGCUCCAGAGCUUAAAUCAGUGACAGUUUUUCUUGGAAAAACUGGAAAAUCGUCAGCUGGAAUCGUUGAAUUGGAAACCAUCGAGCAGGCGAAUGAGGCUCUCGUCCUUGUUAAUCACACCCGUGUUCACACCCCACUUUCAAAGAUGAAAUAA